UUUACCCCUAAAGGAAAGCACUUUUGGUUGCAGGAGGAGAAACCUCGGCGAUCCGGACUGGGAGGUCUGUGAUGGGAUUUACUGGGACCUGGAUGUAAUAUCAGGUAUUUGCUUACCAAAGUGAGAAGCUACAGGUAACUAUGGAUGAAACAGUAGAUGUGACGACCGAAGGCAACUCUCUUAUUAAAGCUGUGUAUCAAUGUAGACUCCGUCUUACCAGAUUGUUGCUAGAAGGAGGCGCGUACAUAAACGAAAGUAAUGAUCGUGGAGAAACCCCGUUAAUGAUUGCUUGUAAGACCAAACAUGUAGACAACCAAAGUGUAAGCAAAGUGAAAAUGAUUAAAUACCUACUGGAGAACAAUGCGGAUCCUAAUAUCCAGGAUAAGUUUGGAAAAACUGCCUUGAUGCAUGCAUGCCUGGAAAAUGCUGGUGCAGGAGUGGUUUCUUUGCUUCUGGAAAGUGGAGCUGACCCCAGCCUACAGGAUCACACUGGAUUCUCUGCCCUGGUGUAUGCUGUGAAUUCCGAGGACAGGGAGACACUCAAGAUUCUACUCAAUGCUUGCAAAGCAAAGGGCAAAGAGGUUAUAAUCAUCACAACAGAUAAGUCUGCUUCUGGACGCCAGACUACAAGACAGUAUCUAAAUGUCCCACCGUCACCAGGGCUGGAUUCAUCCAAUUGUCUGAGCCCUUGUACAUCACCAUCGGAAAUUGAGCUGAAAACCUCUCCCACUCCAAUGUCCAAUGCUCUUGAGGCAGAAAAGGAGCUAUUUAGCUUUAAAGAAGCCGACACUUCGAGUGGUUUCAAGGGUUCUUCCGAGCCAGGAUCUCCCACAAAGAAACCUCAUUUGGUGCAUGGUGGAGCAAAGCUACCACUUCUCCAGAGGUUACACUCUGAGCCUUGGUUGAAGAUUCCACCUUCUUUGUUGCAUCAACACAAAGUAUCCUCUCUGCAAGAGGAACUUCAAGACAUCACCCCAGAAGAAGAACUAUCACUUAAGAUAAAUAGCUCCGUCUUAUCAAAACGUUACUUCACUAGACACCAGAGCAUUGAUGUGAAAGAUGCUGUCCACCUCUUAAAAACAUUUGACAGUUCAGGACCACGAAAAAUGUCGUAUGAUGAAAUUCAUUCACACUCACUAUAUACAGAAGGGGCACCUAACAAGUCAGAAGUACCUGUAGACCAGGACCCAGAAGCAAUGCACUCAAUGUCUGUUUCAAGUUUAAGAAGCAUAGUUCAAAGGAGAAAUUUAGGAGCAAACCACUACAGUUCUGAUUCUCAGCUCACCAAAUGUCCGGGACCCAUUGCAACAGAGGACAGCAAAUCUCUCCUGGAAAAGAAGAAAAUGUUCUCUCCACCACCCAUGCUGUCUGGCUCCAGGGAGUCUUUGGAGAGUGUCUCUGUAACCACCCUAAGCAGACGGAACCAUGCCAUUUUAGAAAGAAGAGGCUCUGGAGCCUUGCUUCUAGAUCAUAUUGCUCAGACUAGACCUGGGUUCCUACCACCUCUUAAUGUGAACCCUCACCCACCCAUCCCAGAUAUUAGUGGCCACAACAAACUUACCGGUCUCAUUCCUACAGGGUCAAAACCCCUCAUUCCUUCGGCUCCUCUCUACCCAAAGGAAUCGAAAAGCAAGAAGAUGCUGCUUCGGAGGCAUUCCAUGCACACAGAACAAAUUAAGCAGCUCGUGAACUUUGAACAGAUCAUUGGCUAGUGUCGUCAAUCAAGAUUUGAUUUCCGGAAUCAACUAACAAGGUCUAUUUUCAAAUUGUACCUGAUGCACAGUUGCUUCAGACCUUUUCUGUAAAGAAAAUGCAUCUGUUCAGCUUAUGCUGGAUAAAUUAUUCAAGCAACCAAGCGCUUGUUAUUUAGCAGUAAUUACAGUUUCUCCACAAUAUAAAUAAAUUACUGCCUUGCCUUUUGCAGUUUUCAUUAACUUAGCAAACCCCCAAAUACAUACUGGGAAGAAUGAAGCUGCAGCUGACUGAGGCGGUACUGCUAAUGAGUGGGACAGGUGUUGAACGGCCACAUUUCAUCAUGAACGUCACUCAAUUACUUACAUAUCAGGCUUUCUUUCAAUACAAAUAAUUCCCGUGUUUCUUGUUACAUAUAGGGAUGCUACUUUUUUGAGAUGCCUGUCAAGAUCUUUUUGUUUCAAUCCUAAUCAGGUUGUUUGAGUGCACAUAAUAUGCACAAGAUGUGUUUUUAUAGAAUACAUGC